CUAGUGCUGCUCCUCUUACUCUGCUUUAUAAUAGUUGACGUCGCCACUCCUCGAUCUCACUUUGCUGCUUUAAUUUGUCACCUUCAAUCUCUUCCUUGCCCUCGAUCGCUUUUCUUCAUUCAAAACUCUGGUCCUUGCUCAAUACUCAGUCCUCGUUGACUGCCUCACUGGUCUUCACUCCCACUUUGCUGCUUUGUCACUUUCAGCCUCGUCCUUCAUUCAGAAUUGUGGUUGAUCGGGAGACUAUGUCCAAGAUAAAGGGCAUUACUGACAGAUUGAAAAACAUCAAGGAACGGAGAGAUGCAUUGAACCUGAAAAUUGAAGAUGGAACCAACAGAGCAGUUACACGAAGGACUCCCACUACUGGGGUGCCUGAAAGUCAUGUUUUUGGCCGGCAAAAGGAUAAGGAUGCUAUUCUUCAAAAGUUGUUAACUAAUGAAGAUAGUACCAAAUGCUUUUCUGUGAUUCCCAUCGUUGGAAUGGGAGGAUUAGGGAAGACUACACUUGCUAGUCUUGUUUAUAAUGAUGAAAAAUUGGAAGGUGUGUUUGGGCCAAAAGCAUGGGUUUGUGUCUCUGAUGAAUUUGAUGAUCUUCGAAUAGCAAUAUCUAUUUUGGAUCAAAUGAACGUGAAAUCUGAUUCAAAAGAUCCUGCAGUGAUCCACAGCAAGCUGAAAGAAAUGUUGUCUAAACAGAAGUUUUUACUUGUACUUGAUGAUGUUUGGAACAACAACUAUCACCUUUGGAACAGAUUACAAGGGCUUUUCAUGUUAGGAGCAUCCGGAAGCAAAAUAAUUGUUACGACACGCGACGAGAAAGUCGCGAAAAGCAUGAGAGGAGAUGAUUGGGUUUAUCAUCUUGAUUUGUUUCCAGAUAAUGAGUGUUUGUCAUUAUUGGCCAGACAUGCACUAGAAACAGAAAAUUUUGAUUUAUAUGGGCAUCUCAAAGGAAUCGGUGAAGAAAUAGUGAAAAAAUGCCAAGGUUUGCCUUUGGCUAUAACAACCAUUGGAGGGCUCCUUCGUGAAGAUCGGUUAAAUCCUAACAAAUGGAGGGAAGGGUUUCUUCGACAACAUCAACAAAUAGAUGGAGCGAAGGAAAUGAAAAGCUUGGGUCAUCAAUACUUCCGUGAUUUGUUAUCGAGAUCAUUUUUCCAGCGAUCACGCAGCAAUUCAUCACUCUUUGUCAUGCAUGACCUUGUGAUUGAGUUAGCUCGAGAUGUUGCUUCAAAAACUUGCUACCAACAAGAUAUGACUGAAAUCCGAAGUCUACCUAAUUCUGUGAGUUUUCUUGUAUACUUACAGACAUUGAUAUUAAGAUAUUGUAUGAAGCUUACUCAGUUGCCAGAGGGUAUCGUGAAUUUAGUUGACUUGCUUCAUCUUGAUAUUACUUAUACAGUGAGGCUAAAGGAGUUACCAUCAGGAAUUGGCGAGCUAACAAAUCUUUUGACUUUGCCCAUAUUUAUUAUUGGAGGUGGGCUGAGACUAAGACAGUUGAAAAACUUGAAGCAACUUCAAGGUAGUCUAUUCAUCUCAAAUCUACAUAAAGUCUUAGAUUUUCGAGAUGCUAGUGAAGCCAACCUUCAUGAGAUUGAGGGCCUUGAUGAGUUAAUCUUGGAAUGGAUUGGUGAUUUCCAAACUUCACGAAAUGUAAGUAAUGAAGAUAAGGUACUCUGUCAGUUGAAACCUCCUUACAAUUUGAAGAAGUUUACAAUCAUGUUCUUUGGUGGACUGGAAUUUCCAUCUUGGAUAGGUGAUCCAUCAUUCUCCAAAUUGGAGUACCUGGAACUACGGGGUUGUGAAAACAUCACUUUAUUACCACCCCUUGGGCAAUUACCAUCGCUAAGAGAAUUGAUCAUAAGAGGCAUGCCUGAGUUUACUGGAGAUAACUCUUUUUUCUGUUAUUCACUACUGAGUCUUCCAUCACUUGGAGAGCUGGAAAUAACAGGUUGCAAUGAGGCAGUUCUUAGGAACAUGAUGGAUGACGGAGCCAGCCUUGUUAGUUUUAAGUGUCUGAGGAUUCAAGAGUGCCCUUUACUUGUAUCCUUGCCAGACUUGCCUUCUAGUAUUCAAAUUUUGAGUUUAAGAAAGUGUGAUAACCUUGAUUGCCUGCCUAAUGGACUGCAUGCUCUCACUUGCCUUAAGGAAUUGUCCAUACAAAAUUGCAAAAAAUUUGUGCGCUUUCCAGUAACUGGCUUGCCAUUGCAUCUCAAAAAGCUUCAGCUCGAGGAUUUGGUGGUUUUGGAGUCAUUGCUUGAUGGAUUGAUGAAAAUAGGGGAUGGAGGCAAUAAUAUGCUGCAACUUGAAGAAUUAGUCAUUAAAGGAUGUGAGCAGCUCAAAUCUUUUCCUAGAGACAAGUUACCCAGCACUCUAAAAAGGUUGGACAUCCGAAAUUGUGAAAAUUUAGAGUCCUUUCCAGAGGGAGUGAAUCUUGAACAUUUGCAGAUUGAUAAUCUCCCAUCUCUGAAGUGUUUUCCUAGUUCCAAGUUACUAAGUGCUCUUAAGAGGCUGAGAAUUAGGGAGUGCAAGCAAUUGGAGUCACUUCCAGACAGGUUGCUGCAGGAUUGUACACAACUUAAAGAGAUGCAGAUUGGUAUUGUGAAAAAUCUCAGAAGUUUACCUAUUGAUUUCGUGCACAACCUCAGCGGUCUUGUUGAAUUACAGUUCUAUUCUUGUGAAGGUUUCGAGUCCUUGCCACAAAUGGACCCGUCGUCCGUCCCCAAUCUUAAAACUUUGGGGAUUCAGCAUUUGAAGAAUCUCAAGCCUUUACCCAAUGAGAUAUGCAACCUCACAUCCAUCCAAUGGUUAAUCAUAAAGGAUUGUCCAGGUAUUGCAUCCAUACCAGAAGGAGGUUUUCCUUUAAACCUAAAAGCACUUGAAAUCAAUGGUGAAGGCUUGAGGCAGUCGAUGUUAGAGUGGGGCCUCGACAGACUUACCUCACUUGAAUCAUUCGAAAUUGGGGAGAUAUGUCUUUCGGAUAAUUUGCAGCUUCCAAAAUCUCUAAAAAGUCUUUCUAUAACAAAGAUGAGUAAUUUGAAAUCCAUACCAAAAGUCCUCCUUCAAAACCUCCAUUCUCUCGAGAUUUUAGAAUUUUCUUAUUGCCCAAAGCUUCGAUCCUUGACUAAGGAAGGCCUACCCACCUCACUUCAACACUUUCGGCUCUAUCGCUGUCCCCUUUUGGAAGAACGGUGCUUGGAGGAGAAAGGACACUAUUGGCCUCUCAUAGCCAACAUCCCUUACGUUGAGCUUUCGAACUAAAUUGGAGUCAGGUACCAGCAACUUAUUCACAAACUCACCAUAUUCUUAAAAAAAAUCAUAUUUCGUUUGUUUUCUGUGCAAUUUAUAUGUCAAUUUGGUGCAGGUCUUACAGUUGGUAAGGAGUUUUUUGUCAUGCUUCAAUCUUAACCUAUUCGUGGUCCAUUUGUGUGCAAAAACAAAUUUGUAUUUUGAGAAAAGAUGUUUGAUAUGGAUUCUACUAGAUUCUGGUAUAUCUGUUGAAGCGUAACCUGGAUAAUUCAGUUUUCUGAUAUGUGGGGUUGGCUGUUGGUGUUGUGAGGGGUAUGCUCUCCAUCCAAACCAAUUGAAAUACCAUCUAUUCUAAUUAGCUAGCUGAUUGCUUGUUAUUUUUGUUAUACAAAGUUAAUUUCACAUCAAUGAAGAGGAUGAUGUAUUCCCUUGAUUGAUAUAUCAAAAGCUAUUGAUUUUAGUUUCAUUUUUUUUCCUUUCUUUCCAUGAUAUACAUCCAGCAUUCGAAGAUGAAGAGUCUGAAGAUACGUAAAAGCUGAAUCUGUUGUGAAACUACUUUUGUAGAUUUUGGAAACCAAAUGCAAGACAUGUGGCAUAGCGAUAAGCUUUGGUUAUUAAGUUAAUGGUAAAGAACCAGAGUGGUCUUGAAUAAAAACAUCACUUUGUACUUUCAUUGUAAUAUGACCCAUGAAUUCUUAAGUAUGUAUAUGCUUGAGUGUGUGUGAUCCUCCAUUGAACAAAUCAGCUGAGGUUUCACCUUCAAAUAAUGUUUGAGUGAUUCUGUUGAUCAGCUGAGGUUUCACCUUCAAAUAAUGUUUGAGUGAUUCUGUUGAUCAGCUGAGGUUUCACCUUCAAAUAAUGUUUGAGUGAUUCUGUUGAAGUGGCUUUGUAUUGUCAUGUAUUCAUGUGCGAAAAAAUCUAUGGUUAGAGUAUAUAUGGUGUUUUUGUUUAAACAUUAUAUAUCAGUCAUAAUCAAAUUUUUAUCUCAAU